AUGAUGAUCUCUUUUGAUGACUUUUUUUUACGAAACAAUAUAAUGAUUUUUUCGCAAUUUUUAUCUCAGGUUGCGGAAUCGGUUGCGUGCGAAAAAUCGCAGGACUACGUUUGUCGUAACGGUGCGGUAUGUGAACGUCACAGUGGUCGGACUGUAUGCAUAUGUAAGCAAGGAUUCAGUGGAAAGUACUGCCAAUUUACUUUACGGCCGCGAACUUGUGCUGAAGCUCUCUCGUUUCAUGGACUCGGCGAAGGUCCUGUGCAGCUUGAUGUUGAUGGUUCUCGCCCGCUGUACAGUAGUGUUGCAGUCUGUCGAAAUGGCACGUACGUUCCUUACCACUUACUAGGAUACAUAGUCAAUAAAUAUUAUGCUUCCGGAUUGUGCAGACAGCAAGUUUUGUACGAUUGCAAUAGAGCUGCCCUUGGUUUCGAAUCCAGACGAACAUGGUUCAAUUCGGUGGCCCGUAAUCGUAGUAUUGCGCAAAUCGGACGAAUUCCAAACAGCUGUCCUUGUAUGGAUAUGGGUUGCAUUGAAAACAGUAAGAAAAUUAUAUUCUCCGGAGAUCGUCCUAUUCGUUUCUCUAAGCCCCAAGCGCUGCCGAUUGGUAAUUGGCGAGGCGAACCGUUAUCCCUACAGUUUCGCACUGCCGUCGCAUCAGCUAUCGUAUUUUCUGUGCAAGACGGCAAUGAUGUAGUUCUGAAUGCGAAAUUGAUCAAUGGCAAGUUACUGUCUUUUGUUUUCUUCAGAUACAAUGAACCGAACCAUCCGAACUAUUCGAGAGCUUCUCACUUCCUGUGUGGCGAGGAGGAAACUAAGCAGGAAGUUAAUACUCACAAACAAAGUGUAAUUUAUCCUUUAGUGACAAAUACAUUGAACCGUAUAGGUCUAUAUCUGAACUGCGAGGAUCGAUGUAAUUCGAAUUUCUGCCAGAAUUCCGGUGAAUGUAUCGAAGACUUCGCCAGUGAUGGUGUCCUUUGCCGUUGUAAAUAUUCGAACGUGCAGAGUGGACGAAACUGCGAAAUCGAUAUCAAUCAAAACUCGUCCGUAUCGUUCAAUGGUGGAUUCUUAAAGUACGAGUUGUUGCGAAACCCACUGGUAGACCAGACAGUGAUCUCAUUUCGAACCGAUCAAUCACACGCGCUCAUAUUGUUCGUCCACGAUCAUCACAAUAAUUUCAUGCAGCUACACUUGUCCGAGGAGGUCAAUCUCACCUUAUCGCUCAACAACGAGGCCAUUGUGUCAUCGUGUACAGUUCGUGCUCGCCCAGGCACUGAAUUCAGCAACAUGGAAUGGAUUCAGGUACACUCAACGCAGCUGUCGACGUUGACCGUUGACGACGACGCGUGCUCAAUUCAUGCGGCACGAAAACUCUCUGAAAAGCCUGUGCAGAAGUUCAUCAACGUGUUUACGGACGGUUCUAUGGUUCUUCGCCCGAUCUACCAAUGUGCGAUAGCUAAUCUUUUCGGAUGCGUUCGCGGAAUGAAAGUUGGCGGUGAAGUGAUCAAUUUGCGUCUUACAGUUCACGGAAAUCGGCCAAGUGAUCCCAAGGCUAUUCGAUCUGGCUGUGAUAUGGGAUGUGACACACUGGACUGUAAGAAUGGCGGACAUUGUUCGGUCGCGUGGCGCAAGGGAGAAGAAGUCUCGUGUGAUUGUUCUCGGACGAGUUACGCUGGUCCGCAGUGUACUAUUGGUAAGUUGUCGUGUUUCUUAAUCCUGGAAGGGUAUACUGAUAUACAAUCUACUAGGCCAAACGCUUCAAUAACACUUACAAAAAGACGAAGAACUCUCCGGAAGUUUAGAACAGCUGAUUAUAGUCGCAUGUGGUUGACGACUGCACCAUCCCACAUCAAAAAUCGAUGCGAACGUACGAGAUCAGGUCGCGUAUGA